UUUAUUAUGAAUAUUAUAACGUUUUAUUUGAAAUUUUCAAACGAUUUGAAGACAGAAGGUUUUGUUUGACAGUUACAAGUUUGGCCAUUUAACUUUGAAUUCUCAGUCAAUUACGUUUUUUUUACAAGUUUCUGUUUUUUUGAUAAUCUUAAUACAUGUUUUUACUUGAUCAGUGAUAUUUACUGUCUAAAGGUAAAUUGUGUGCAUGUGUGUCUUUUUAUUUUUAUAAAUAGUUCGCAGAGGAAUAUUGUGAUGGACUCAGACGAUGAAAUCCCAUCAUUGGUGACAGCUAUCACAUUGGACCCAGUGCCUGUGACAAUUAUAACCGGUUACUUAGGAUCUGGCAAGACAACUCUUUUAAAUUAUAUACUUACAGAACAACACAGUAAGAAAAUUGCAGUCAUAUUGAAUGAAUUUGGCGAAGGUGACACUAUGGAAAAAUCAAUUGCUAUUGGUGAAAAGGGAAAUCUUUGUGAAGAAUGGUUGGAACUACAAAAUGGUUGCUUAUGUUGUUCCGUCAAAGAUAAUGGUGUUAAAGCAAUUGAAAACCUUAUGUCAAAACGUGGAAAAUUUGAUUACAUAUUGUUAGAAACUACAGGAUUAGCUGAUCCUGGACCUAUUGCAAAAUUAUUUUGGGUUGAUACUGAGCUGGGAAGUGAUGUUCAUUUAGAUGGAAUAGUCUGUGUCAUUGACAGCAAAAACGCAAAAAAACAUCUUGGCAACAGUCUACAUGAUGAACCUAACUUGGAUACUGUAAACCCUUCAACAAGACAAAUUGCAUUAGCUGAUAUUAUACUGAUCAAUAAAAUCGAUUUGGUCGACAGAAGUACGUUAGAAACGUUAAAAACCAAUAUUAGAUCAAUUAAUGGAAGUUGCGAAAUUAUCGAAACAUCGCAUAGCAGAAUUGACUUGGAUAAAAUUCUCGAUUUGAAAUCUUACUCUUCGUCUAACAGUUUAAGGGUCGACGAAAUGAUAAGAAACGUAGAAAGUUUUGAAGGGAAAACUCAUAUACACCAAAACGUGGCUACUGUCACAUUGGAAGUUCCCGAUGGCAUUUUAAGGACAUCUCUGGACACUUUUAUAUGUCAGAUCUUAUGGGAAAAUAUUCUGAAAGAUGGUCGAGGAAAUGCUUCAGAAAUAAUCAGGAUGAAGGGCGUAAUCAGAUUCGCGGACGGUUCGAUGGCUAUGAUACAAAGCGUCUACGACAUGUACGAGUUUCAGGAGAUGUCCAAAAAUUUAUCUGAAGUACCACCGGGCAGCAGAAUUAUUCUAAUAGGAACGUUUUUGGACAAAGCCGAACUAAGCUACUUACUUAAUAAAUGUAUAGAUUCUGGAAAUGAAUCACUAUCCUGAAAAUGAGUUUUAAAUAAAAAAUAUGAACAAUUCUAAACAAUGGUUGUAAUUUUCAUUAAUAAUUAUAAACAUUUUUUAUUAUUCAUUACUAGUGGAACCUGUGCAUUUGUAGCCAGUUAAAAAUCCUACUUUAUUUAUGGCUUAAACUGUGUGUUAAAUUUGUUUCCUGUGAUUAUGCAUUUUUGUACAUAUGGAUAGCCAACGGUUAAGAUAUAUUAAGUAAUAAUCUUACAACGAUAUUCAAUUUAGUUUAUCAUUAUGAUUCCGACCAAGUUAAGUACAGAUAUAUAUUAGGCAUAUAGGCAGAAGAUAGGCUAAGUUAAAAAAUAACAAGCCUAAAUAUCAUUAA